AUGGAUUCUGACGAGAUUCUCCCUGAUGCUGGCCCGAUUGUGGAGGAGGAUCUGGACGAUAAGUAUCCUAAUCGUCCCCAUAAUCGAGCUCCGACACUUCCAUUUCAUGAGCUCUACUCAACCCUUUUCAACCCACUUAGCGAGAUAAAGAAAAGACCAGCAUUCACUGGUGUAGCGAAACGCCGAAUUGGUCCAAAAAACCAGAGCAAGGCAACUUUGAACCCUUACGAACUGCGGCGCGAUGUCAUCACCCGAUUCGUCUCGAGGUGGCGCCAUGAGGUGGGCGAUGACAUUUAUCCUGCUUUCCGACUGAUCUUACCUGAAAGGGAUCGAGACCGACCGAUGUACGGCAUGAAAGAGAAAGUUAUCGGUAAAAUGCUGGUGAAAAUCAUGAAGAUUAACAAAGAGUCGGAAGAUGGUUACAAUCUCCUAAAUUGGAAGCUGCCUGGUCAAUCUGGUGCGACUCGUUUGGCUGGUGACUUUGCUGGACGCUGCUACGAUGUCCUGUCUAAGAGGCCUAUACGAACCGAACCCGGUGAUAUGUCUAUUGAGGAAGUGAACGAAAAGCUGGAUAAGCUGUCUGCAGCUUCAAAAGAGGGCGAACAAGUCGAUAUUCUAACCGAGUUCUAUCGGCGCAUGAACCCAGACGAGCUUACGUGGCUCAUUCGAAUCAUUCUUCGACAGAUGAAAAUCGGUGCAAGUGAGCGCACGUUUCUAAAUGUAUGGCAUCCAGAUGCCGAGAGUUUGUACAGCAUUUCCAGUAGCCUUCGGCGUGUUUGCUGGGAACUCCACGAUCCAAACAUUCGGCUCGAGGGAGAUGAUCGAGGAAUUGGGCUGAUGCAGUGCUUCCAACCCCAGUUGGCUCAGUUUCAAAUGCAUUCACUUGAAAAAAUGGUUUCGCGGAUGCGUCCGACAGAAGAAGAUCCCGUUUUUUGGAUCGAAGAAAAAAUGGAUGGUGAAAGAAUGCAGCUUCAUAUGGCUUCCGAUGAGUCCGUACAAGGCGGGCGGAAAUUUGGCUUUUGGUCACGGAAAGCCAAAGACUAUACAUAUCUGUAUGGCAACGGAAUAUCUGACGAAAAUGGUGCUCUAACAAUACAUUUGAAGGAUGCCUUUGCUGAUGGGGUACAAAGUCUAAUAUUAGAUGGUGAGAUGAUUACCUGGGAUCCUGAAGAAGACGCCAUGGUCCCAUUUGGGACUCUCAAAACGGCCGCUUUGGCUGCGCAGCGGAAUCCACUCUAUAAGGGUCCACGGCCACUCUUCCGGGUAUUCGACAUCCUACAUCUUAAUGGACGUGAUUUGAGCAAGUAUACCCUCCGCGAUCGUCGGAAUGCAUUGCAGAAGGUUAUUCGCCCCGUUGAUCGCCGAUUCGAAAUUCUCCCAUAUGAAGAAGCCACCACAGCUGCAGAAGUCGAGAAAUGUUUGCGCAGGGUUGUCGCUCAAGCCUCAGAGGGCCUGGUCUUGAAAAAUCCGCGGGCUCAAUACCGCUUAAAUCAACGCCACGAUGACUGGAUGAAGGUCAAGCCAGAAUACAUGACCGACUUCGGAGAGGCCCUUGAUUUGGUUAUCAUAGGUGGCUAUUAUGGGCAAGGUCAUCGCGGUGGGAUUCUUGGAAGCUUUCUCUGUGGGUUACGUGUUGAUAAUAGACACUCGUCCCAAGACGGACAACCUGAACAAUUCUGGUCCUUCUGCAAGGUUGGAGGAGGAUUCACGGCUGCCGACUACCGUGAAAUACGGCAUCAUACCGAUGAUAAGUUUCAAAAAUGGGAUUCACGCAAGCCGCCUACUCAAUUCAUCGAACUGGCAGGCGGUGAUGCUCAAUAUGAAAGGCCAGAUGAAUGGAUUAAACCCUCUGAGUCCCUAGUCGUGUGCGUGAAAGCCUCAUCUGUGGCUGCAAGCGAUGAGUUUCGGAUGGGGUUGACGCUUCGUUUUCCCCGCUUCAAGAAGUUCAGAAAAGAUAAGAAUUGGAAGACUGCAUUGUCAGUCCAGGAGUUCCUGGACCUCAAGUCGAACGUGGAAAAGGAGCAGCGCGAAAAAGAAUUUGAAGUUGACAACUCACGCCGAAAAAGAGCUAGGAAAUCCGAAAAGAAGCCCUUAACUAUUGCAGGUUACAAUGAGAAAGACAAAGUGACAUACGCAGGGCCCUCCGGACAUAUUUUCGAUCAACUCAACUUUUAUGCAAGUGCCCCAGAGAAAAGAUCAAAGGGUCAGCUAGAGCAGCUAGUCAAGGCCAACGGCGGCAAGAUUUUUCAAACAAAUACUGCAGCGGUAGACAUGAUCUGCAUUGCGGAGCGAAGUAUCGUCAAUGUUAUACGCCAUGUUGAGCCCUUGCUAACACGCAGUAUCAGGAACCGUCAAAGUUGCCUCACUACAAAAGCACGGCGAUGUCAACAUAGUCAAACCUUCCUGGGUGCUAGACUGCACAUGUUCUUCGUAAUGGAAGAUCGAAACGAUGAAAUCGAAAUUAACGUUGAUCAAUUUUCAGACAGCUACGCGCGUGACACUAAUGUCGACGAACUUAAAGAGAUUCUAGAGAACAUGGCCAAUGACAGCAAAAACACGACAGUUCCUAUUUAUUCUCCUGCUCUCCAUAAAAUUGAAGGUCACAUCCAGGAUAAAAUAGAUUCUGGUUAUACAGCACCUUGCGGGUGGCUCUUUCGUCGUCUGAAAUUCUUCUUUUGUGAAGGUGGAAACCCAUAUAGCACGGAGCAGAGUGAAUCACCGGCUGAUAUUCGUCUACAACUCGCGCGAAAUACUAUAUUGUUUGGAGGAGCAAAUACGACAAUAUCUUUUCUGGACUUGGGUAUGACUCAUAUUGUUGUGAAUCCCGAUAAUAUGUCCUCUCAAGAGAUAAAUUCUCUACGACGUUCAUUGGCCGAAAGACCGGGCAAAAAGCUGCCAGAUCUCGUGAGCGUGAGCUGGGUAGAAGAGAGCUGGGAGAAUGGAACAUUGCUUGACGAAGAGCGUAAGUAG